AUUUAAGGGAUUUAAUAGUGAAUUUUAGGGAUCGAUCAUUAUUUUUCGUUUUGUAGAAAAAAAAUUAUUUUUAUUUUAAUUAUAGAUAUCAGAUAUAAGUCACAAUAAUUACUCUUAUCUCAUGCCAUAUGCAAACAAUUCAAUUUCCUCCGCCACUCAAUUUUGGCAAAUUUUAACAUUUUCGUUUUGCUAACCAAACAGUAAAAAUUAUUUUCCAUUAAAAAUUUCUAGAAUAUUUCAAAUAACGAGAAUAAUUUCUUUUCAAAAAAAUAAUUUUUCAUAGAAAAAUAUUUUCGAAGAAGUAGUUAUUUUCCACCAACUAAAUGUAGUCUUGUAUUUUCUACCAUGUUUAAUUGCAAUAUCACUCCACUUUCAGCUUUUAUUCGUUGAAAAGAAAGGCUAUAGCUAAGGUAAACUCCUGACUAGUCUGUUGGUUUAACACAAACUUUUUUAAUUAAUUUAAUUAAUUUUUUAUAAAUCUUAAUUAUGAUCUGUUUAGUACUACCUCAACUAUAAAUUCUGGAGGAAGUGUAAUCCUCCAAUUCAAUGGAGAGCGUUUCAGGCACUUAUACAUCAGUCUGUUGGUGCAAUUAAGCAGAUGUACUCUUGUCUGUGUUGUUAUGGCUCGAAGGGGUUGAAAUUUAUUCACCUGAAUUGCGGUAUUCAUCAAAUCAAAUUCCUAAAGAGCUAACUACCUUGCGCAGUCUGUUGGAUGACACGGGAGAUGUAGUUGAAGGUGCUAAGCGAUGUCGCGACGACAUCAUAGUGAAGUCAUGGCUUGUCGAAAUGGAGAAAGUGCUUUUUGAUACUGUUUAUAUACUUUCGGAGAUAAAGAAUGCCAAUAUGUUUGGGCUAACUGCAGAAGUCCAAUCCAGUGCCAACAAGCCAUGGAAACUCAUCCUUAAUUUGUUUAACAAGAUUUCAAGAUGUUUGCAUUAUUAUCGAGAAAAAAGGAUGGUUUCCAAUGUGAAGUAUAUAACUGAUAGAUUAGAAGAAAUUCUUGAUGAAGGAAAGCAGUUAUUAAAAGAAAUUCCUGUUGAAAGAACGCAGUUUGGCCCCCAGAACAGAUUAACUACGCCUGAUCGAAAUAAUCGUCAAAGGGAGCGAUUUGCAAACGCCAUGCUUGACGUUAUUUACAAAGGGAAGUAUUGGAAAGUAAGAGACUUAUUUGAAAGCAAUCGAGCUGAUGCAAUAUCUACAACAUUUGAAAAUGGGCAAACUGCUCUCCACGUUGCAAUUACUGCUGGUCAGCUAAGGGUUGCUAAGGAAUUGAUCACUAUUACUAGUACUGAAGCAAACAGUCGCCAAUUGGAGGAUAAAGAUAAGAGUGGCAACACAGCUCUUUCCUUUGCUGCUCGUAGUGGAAUGAUGGAAAUUGCAAAGUGCUUGAUUGAAAAGAACAAGGACUUGCUUACUAUCCCAGAUGGCGACGAUAAGCUCCCGGUUCAAUUGGCUUGCCGGGCAGGACAUGAGGACAUGACUCGCUACCUCUACCGCAAGACCCCGAGAGAAUGUCUAAGGGGAGACAAUGGCUUCUACCUACUCGAGGAGUGUGUAACUAAGAAAAUGUUUGAUAUUGCACUCAAUCUCCUCCACCGCUUUCCAAAGUUUGCAAUAUAUAGAAUCCUUAAGAAGGAUACCAUUCCGAUCAUUUUAACUCUUGCUCAAACACUACCACCAUUCGUUAGAGGAAAUCAGCUAGCAUUUUGGAGACGAUGGAUAUAUAAUUGUACAAGAGUGAACGUGGACAAGGAAAGUGUUCUAUCUGAUGUUGUUGCCAUUGUUGCAGCUCAAGGAAGAGCAAAGAAAAUAUAUGAUUUAAAGUUGAUGGAUGCAAUUGCUCGUGAGAUUAUACAUUUUAUAUGUCGGCAAUUAUCAGCUUUGGAUGAGAAUGAAUUUGUGCAAAGUGGAGCAGUGGAAGCAACCUUUCAAGCUAUCGAGAAUGGCAUCCCUGAGAUUGUAAUUGAAAUUGCAAAAGUUAAUACAAAUAUAUUAUGGAACCGCACUGAUUCUGAAGAUUCAAGGAACAUGUUUGCAUGUGCUGUAGCACAUCGUCAAGAGAAAGUGGCACAAUAUCUUUAUGGACUUCAUGCAAGAAUUGGUACAAAUAUAGUUUUUACCAACGAUCGAGAUGGAAACAAUUUAUUACAUUUAGCAGCAAAGUUAGCUCCUCGUUCUCACCUUGAUUCCAUCUCAGGUGCAGCUUUGCAGUUGCAAAGUGAGUUACGCUGGUUCAAGGCAGUGGAAGGCAUUGUUCCACAGUUCUACAACCAUCAAAAAAUUCAUGGUGGUGAAACUCCUUCCGAAGUGUUUGUUAAGGAACACAAGCAGUUGCUAAAAGACGCGGAAGAAUGGAGUAAGAAAACGGCAGAAUCCUCUACAUUCGUAGGUGCUCUAAUCAUUACAAUUAUGUUUGCUGUGGCUUUUACUGUUCCUGGUGGGAAUGAUCAAAAUACAGGCUUCCCAAUAUUCUUGAACAAAACAGCAGACUCUUCUACAGUAUCUUCUCCAACCGUGCCGUUCAUGGUAUUUGUAGCAUCAGAUGCAAUUUCUCUUUUUGCUGCAUCUAGUUCGGUGCUAAUGUUUUUGGGGAUUCUUACUUCACGUUAUGCUUAUAAGGAUUUUCUUAAAUCCUUACCCGUGAAGUUGAUUGUUGGCAUUUCUUCACUCUUCAUCUCUAUUGCAGCAAUGAUGGUAGCAUUUUGCGUUGCUCUUUUCAUCAUGCUACAAGGUCGAUUGUGGAUAAUCAUACCAGUAACUUUGUUUGCUGGUGUUCCAGUCAUUAUCUUUGUAUUAUUGCAGUUUCCUUUUCUCAUUGAGCUUUAUACUUCCACUUUUAGACGAGGCAUCUUUGAAGGGAAAUGAACAACAGCUUAGGAAAAGGAAGAUAGGGAAUCACUCCAACAACAGGUUCUGGCUCUCUAAACUUGAUCCCAAUCGGAAAAGGCUUUAGCUCCAAUAACUCAAAGGUAGAUGUUCUGUCAUUUUAAGUCUAGUAAUUAGACGAGUGUGCUCUAUGUGUAUUGUAACUGCAAGAAACAUUUGGUGGAUGUUUAUUCUUUGAAAAUUUCAUGCACUUUUAUGUGUGCCAAACUCUUUCGGCAAUCAAAGACUUAUGUGAAU